AUGACUCAAUAGAAAGCUGGUUAGCAUAUCAGCAAAUUUGUCAGCGAUGAAUGCUAAAUAAAAAGCAAAGAGAUUUAUACAUUUUUGAAUUUAAUGCAAGCUUAGCAUCCUCAUUUUAAAGACUUUUCUUACUUGCGAAGUUGCAAUAAUACUAUUACUCUAAAAGUAUAUAAUUCUAAAUAAGAAUAAUUUUAAGUAAUUAAGAUUGCAUAUCUUAAAAAUAAAAAUAAAGUUAACACUUUAAGCUUAGAAACAUUAUUAAAAGAAGAGUAUUAAUUAGGCUAAAUAUUUUAUUAAAACCAAUGCUUUGUUAAAAAACCAUGUAAAUUUUAUUUAUUUGAUGAAUCUAAUAAUGAAACAUAAAACAUCAAUAAUUAAAAUGGAUUCAACGAGAAAGUUUUUUUCGUGUUAGCAAUGGAAUACAAUGAAUUUAAUUUGAAAGAGUAUAUUUAAAAACUAAAACUAGAAAAAAAAAAUUUAUCAUAAUAGUAAAAAGAGAAUUUAGCCAUAUAGUUGUUAGAUGCUGUUAAUUCUCUUCAUUAAAAAGAUAUUAUAAUUGGAUGUCUAAAUCCAUUCAAUUUACUACUUUCAGUUAAUCAUGCAGAAGGUGAAAAUUAACAAAUUGUUUUAAAAGUUUUAAAUUUUGGGUAGACUUAUUACUAUUUCAAAUUUUAAGAAAAGUCUAACCUAUCUUGUAACUAAAAAUAUAAAGAAAUUACUCAAUAUCAUAAUGAGAAAUGGGGGAAAUAGUUAGACAUUUUCUGUAUUGGAUUGAUAAUAUUGGAGUUGGAUAAUCUAAUUGCAUUCGAUAUUGAUAGUAUAACAGUUUAAGAUUAUUAAAAUGGAAUCUUUGACAGUUUACAUAAGUUUUAUUCUGAUAAAUCUUCCAAUUUAUAUAUUUUAGCUUAGCUUUGUUUAUUGCCAGACCAUAGUCAAAGGCCUUCAGCUUCCGAAAUUUUACAAGAACUCUUAAAAAUGUAGACUUAUCAAAAAUAGAUUCCACCAAUACAUUCUUUAGUCUUAGAAAACCAAGUUGACACUUUUUUGAAUAUAUUCAAAAUCUAACUUUAAAGAGAAAAUAUUUCAUCAGAUGACUUUAAACUAAUUGUGCAGGAAUUAUAUAAAAAGAAUGAAUAUAGAGGAUAUUUAGAACUUAUUAAUUUUAAUGAAACUAAAUUAACAUUUGGCUGCAGAAACUGUAAAAAGAAAAAACAAAUUAUACUUGAAAUAUUUUUAAUUUAAGAUAAAAUAGAAGAAUUGGAUUUUAAAAAACAAAUUAUUUAAUAAAUUUAAAUGCCAAGGAUUUAAGAAUUUAUUGGUGAUUUUUAACUUUCAUUUCAAGACAAAUAGUUUUUAGUUUUUGAAUUUGAAAGAAUUGGUUGCAAUUUAGUAGAUUUUUUGAAUGUAUAAAAGGUAGAAAAUAGUUUAAAUAAAGACAUUAAAUUUAAUUUAGUUUGUUAAUUAUUAGAUGCUGUUAAUUUUGUUCACUAACAAAAUAUAAUACUUAGAAAUUUAUCUAUAAAAAGCUUUUGCAUUUAGGAAGAUAAUAAUUAGUUUUAUCCUACUCUGAAGCUCUGCGAUUUUAGACAUGCUGUCAAAUAGGAGGAUGAAGUAGAUUUUUAAAAUAUUACUUUAAAAGACUAUGAAAAUAGUUUUUAAGCACCAGAAGUGACAAUUCAAGAAAACUAAAUAAACAAAUACUCCAAAGAGUCUGAUAUUUUUUCUGUUGGACUAAUUAUUUGCCUUAUAGAUAACUACCUCACACUUACAUCUAACUUUUAAUAAUACUAUAGAUACCUUCAAAAGCCUUUUAUGGAGCCACUUUUAAUUGAAGAAAUAAAUCCUGAUCCUAUCAAUAGAAAAUCAGAACUAUAUAAUAUUAUUAAAUUAAUGCUUCUUUACGAACCACAAUAAAGAAAAAGCCUAGAAUAAAUAGUUAAUAUCAUUCCUUCUUACUAAUUUUUUUCUAAAAAAGAUAUUCAAAAGCAUGUUCAAAACAAUGAAUAAGGAUAAAGUUAGCCGUUAAUCCCAAAAAACUUUAGACAUAAAAAUAAAAUAGUAAUAAAAUAUCAUGGAGAUUAAGUAUUAAUUGAAAUUAAAUUAAAAAACGAUUAAAUUUAGUAAAUAAUUUUGGAUAAAUCUCUAGAAAGCAUGUAAAUUGCACUCGAAAAUUAGAUGAUUGAUAACCUUGGAAAUAUGUGGGAAGCAUUAGUGCAAAGUAGAAAAAUGAAAAGCCUCAAUCUUAAUUUGAGCUAAACUUAAAUUACAAACAAAAUUUUACAUGGAAUGCCAGAAGCAUUUAGAUGGUGGUCUUAUAAUUUACUAGAAUUUUAGUUUGGAUUUGAAAAUAAUAAUGCUGAAGAUGGAGCUUUAUUGGUUUUAUCAGAGUGUCUUGGCUCUCUGAAGAACUUGUUUAUAAACUCUUCAAUUAAGCUUUAUCAAAAAUAAUAUCUCUGGCCAAGGUUUAGAGAUUUUUAAAUAGGUUAAACACUCUGA